UCAAUGCCCAUUCUGUAUGGGUUCCUGAUUCUCGGCGGGUUCUUUCCUGCUGAAGACAAUUCUCUUCCUGUCCCAGCCUAGGAUUCAGAGGCUGAACCCAGAGCUCCAGUGGUGUGGGCCCCAGCCUCAUGGGUGGAAUGUGCCGGCCACCCCCGGGCUAGACAAGGAGGCUGAGGGUCAGGGUGGGCAUUUGCUGUGCCCCUUUACGACCUUCGUAGGCUAGAGCUGGGUGAGGGGUUGUACAAUGAGGCUCCUUUUCCUUGAAAGAAGGAAUUUUGGCCAGGACAAUAGGGCUCUGUCUGCUUUGGCAUAGGGAGGGUGGUGGCUGACUCAACUCUGUGCCCCCUAAGCCCUAACAAAUGCCAUCAAGGGAUGGGCCAGUCUUUCCCCUGGUGCCUUGAGUUGCCCUCCUGCCCUUCUGUGACUUUAACUCUUCUUUCCUCAACUGAUCUUACCUCUUCUCCCAUGACCUAAUCCUGCUUGGUCUCUCUCCAGUGUGUGUUGGUUUGAGUUGAGAGGGCAUAGAGUGUUGGCUAACUGGUGCUAUUAGAACCAGGAGCUCCUAUGGAUUUAGGGGAUCUAUAAUUUGGGGGCCUCUGAGGAACGGAAGAUUCUUCUAGGCAGCAGUUUGCUGGAGUGGGGAUGAGGGCGAGGGCAGUGUGACUUGACCUCACCCAGCUGACGGGGCUGGCGCUGAGGAGACUCGUGGGAGGGGGCAGGAACGGGAGGCCUCUGCCUGGCCCAGCCCCUCCUCCUCUUCAGCCCUGGGGGCCCACCCACCAGUGUGAGCUGCCACUUUUGAGGUUGGACUGCCUGAAGUCUCCCUGGAAAGAGAAGCCAGGUUGUUUCAAGAGGGACUGGAGCCCUGAACCAGAGAGGAGAGGGACACCCACUACCUUCUCACGUGCAGCCCGCAGAGUCUGGAGUCAAGGAGAGUCAUGGGGUCCAGGGCUGAGCUGUGUAUUCUCUUAGGCGGACUUUCCUUCCUCCUGCUACUGAUGCCAGGCCAGGGGGCCAAGGGUGGCUCCCUCAAAGAGAGACAAGGGGUCUGCUCUAAGCAGACUCUCGUGGUACCGCUCCACUACAAUGAGUCCUACAGCCAACCGGUGUACAAGCCCUACCUGACCCUCUGCGCUGGACGGCGCAUCUGCAGUACCUACAGGACCACAUACCGUGUGGCAUGGCGGGAGGUGCGGCGGGAAGUGCAGCAGACCCACGCCGUGUGCUGCCAGGGCUGGAAGAAGCCACACCCAGGGGCGCUCACCUGCGAGGCCAUUUGCCUGAAGCCUUGCCUCAAUGGAGGUAGCUGCGUUGGGCCUGAUCAGUGCGAGUGUGCCCCUGGCUGGGGGGGGAAGCACUGUCACGUGGACGUGGAUGAAUGUAGGAUCGGUAUCGCCCUCUGUUCCCAUCACUGCCUCAACACGGCGGGCAGCUUCACCUGCAGCUGCCCCGGGGGCUGGGUGCUGGGCCCUGACAAGCGCACCUGCACAGAGGGGCCCCCAGAGCCCCCGACGAGUGCCAGCAUCCUCAGUGUGGCCAUUCGAGAAGCUGAGCAUGAGAGCGCCCUGAGGAGGGAGGUGCUGGAGCUUCGAGGGCGCCUGGAGCAGCUGGAGCAGUGGGCUGCUCAGGCCGGGGCCUGGGUCCGAGCCGUGCUGCCCAUGCCGCCGGAGGAGCUGCAUCCGGAACAGGUGGCAGAGCUGUGGGGCUGGGGUGACAGGAUCGAGUCUCUCAGUGAUCAGGUGCUGCUGCUGGAGGAGAGGCUGGGUGCGUGCUCCUGUGAAGACAACAGCCUGGGCCCUGGCCUCAAUCACUGAUGAAGACCCUCCUCCGUGUCCCUGCCUUUUAAUUUAUACACAAACUGCACCCACUAAUCCUGUGCGAUUGGCCACCUGGGAGCCGCGGAUAAGGCUAUCAGCCCUGGGGAAGUGAGCCAGAGCUUUGGAG